UAAUCUCAGUGAUACCUUAAAGAAAUUGAAGAUAACAGCUGUUGACAGGACUGAGGAUAGUUUGGAAGGAUGCUUGGAUUGUCUGCUUCAAGCCCUGGCUCAAAAUAGUACAGAAACAAGUGAAAAAAUACAAGCAAGUGGAAUACUUAAGCUGUUUGCAAGUCUUUUGACUCCACAGUCUUCCUGCACAGCCAAAGUAGCUAACAUCAUAGCAGAAGUAGCCAAAAAUGAAUUUAUGCGAAUCCCAUGUGUGGAUGCUGGAUUGAUUUCACCACUGGUACAGCUGCUAAAUAGCAAAGACCAGGAAGUGCUGCUUCAAACAGGCAGGGCUCUGGGAAACAUAUGUUACGAUAGCCAUUCCCUUCAAUCACAGCUUAUCAACAUGGGUGUCAUCCCUACCUUAGUGACAUUACUAGGCAUCCACUGCCACAAUGCAGCUCUCACAGAAAUGUGUCUGGUUGCAUUUGGUAAUUUGGCAGAACUUGAGUCUAGUAAAGAACAGUUUGCCAGCACGAACAUUGCUGAAGAGCUGGUCAAACUCUUCAAGAAACAGGUAGAGCAUGACAAGAGAGAAAUGAUUUUUGAAGUUCUUGCCCCAUUGGCAGAAAAUGAUGCUAUUAAACUACAGCUGGUUGAAGCAGGCCUGGUAGAGUGUCUACUAGAGAUUGUUCAGCAGAAGGUAGAUAGUGAGAAAGAGGAUGACAUUGCCGAACUCAAAACUGCUUCAGAUCUAAUGGUUUUAUUACUUCUUGGAGAUGAAUCCAUGCAGAAACUAUUUGAAGGGGGGAAAGGCAGUGUGUUCCAGAGAGUCCUUUCUUGGAUUCCAUCAAAUAACCAUCAGCUACAGCUUGCUGGAGCAUUGGCAAUUGCAAAUUUUGCCAGAAAUGAUGGAAAUUGCAUUCAUAUGGUAGACGGUGGAAUUGUAGAAAAAUUAAUGGACUUACUGGAUAGACAUGUGGAAGACGGAAAUGUAACUGUACAGCAUGCAGCCCUGAGUGCCCUCAGGAAUCUAGCCAUUCCAGUUGUAAAUAAAGCAAAAAUGUUAUCUGCUGGGGUCACAGAGACGGUUUUGAAGUUUCUUAAAUCUGAAAUGCCUCCUGUUCAGUUCAAACUUUUGGGAACACUAAGAAUGUUAAUAGAUGCACAAGCAGAAGCUGCUGAACAACUGGGGAAGAAUGUUAAAUUAGUGGAGCGGUUAGUGGAGUGGUGUGAAGCCAAAGAUCAUGCUGGUGUGAUGGGAGAGUCGAACAGACUGCUGUCUGCUCUCAUCCGACACAGUAAAUCAAAAGAUGUAAUUAAAGCCAUUGUACGGAGUGGUGGCAUCAAGCAUCUAGUUACCAUGGCAACUAGUGAACAUGUAAUAAUGCAGAAUGAAGCCCUUGUUGCUUUGGCACUUAUAGCAGCUUUAGAAUUGGGCACAGCUGAGAAAGAUCUAGAAAGUGCUAAGCUUGUACAGAUUUUACACAGACUACUAGCAGAUGAGAGAAGUGCUCCUGAAAUCAAAUACAAUUCCAUGGUCCUGACAUGUGCUCUCAUGGGAUCUGAAUCUCUACAUAAAGAAGUGCAGGAUUUGGCCUUUCUGGAUGUUGUAUCCAAACUUCGCAGUCAUGAAAACAAAAGCGUUGCCCAACAGGCAUCUCUCACAGAGCAGAGACUGGCAGUGGAGAGCUGAGAACUGCCCUCCCCAACAUGUGGCGCUUCCCAGCUCUGAUCCUCCUCCCUCUGUCCUCCAUCCACCUGCCUCUCCCCUCCAUUCUCUACCACAUCACUUGUGCAUGCGUGUAAUGUUCCAUUAUCAAUUGAAGACUGCUAUAGGUACCUGCCUAAUAAGAUUUCUAAACUCAUAGUGUGAACACGACUGUCCAGCAGGUCUCUACCCAUAAUUGUUCUCUUGUAUUACUGUUGCUUGAGCUACAUUAAGUAGAAUGUGCAUGUUGUAGUCCUUUGAUGAUGUAACUUGAUACUACAUAAUGACUUGCUCCUCACAUGUGAUAAACUACAUAAUAAUGUACCGGUAAAUUAGAAACAGGAUGUAGCAAGAUCUGUCUAGCUUAAAGAUGAAUUUGAAUAGUAAAAAUAGCUCCAUUUUUGGUGCUUGGGAAGCACAGUGACCAACCCCCCCAAAAAAGAAAAAACUAUGGCUGCUCACUCAUUAGUCUUGCCUACUAGUGUCCAGCCCAUGGUACCUAGCAUUAAAUGAAAUUCCAGUGCUCCCACUGUAUGCUGUGGUUCUUCCUUUUUCCUAAGUGUGUAAAUUAUUGCAACUGCCACAAACUUGGCAAGACCUCAAGAGGUGUGAUUCCAUAUUUGAUUGACAGCCAAAUGUUGAAAACAUUUAUAGUUUUCAGUGUGAUUAGAACCAAGGGUGAUAAAGAAUCCCUAUAACACUGUAUCAUUUUGCCUAUAUUUUAGAUUCUGAUAUAUGUAUAAUUUCACCUCAGAACUUCAUCUGUUGUCAAGCACUUGUCUUUAAAAAGUCAUUUGGUAUUUGUUUUCAACUGAGUAUAGUCCAUUGGGAAAUUAUUUUUUUUUUUAAUCAUUCAUAUUGAAAGCAGGAAAUUUCAUCUUUCAUAGUCUGUUUAGGAGGGAAGAGAAGAAUAAGUUUGCCAGUACUAUAGAAAGAGAGGCAGGUUAAAAGCCAUAGUAACUAGUCCAGUUGCAUUCUGCUGACAGCCUCGUACCAAUCACCGUUGGAGUUUUUCACCUACACUUUUCCCCCAAAACAUGUGACUCUUACAGGCUAGAAGAAAGCCAAGACAUGGUAAAGAGCCCCUUAGCAAGCAGUAUACUCUUCACUGCCACUGCCACCACCAAAUGGGUUUUUAGAGCCUUGACACAGUCUUUGUAAAUUAAAUCAGACAUCCCUGGAAUUCCCUUGUGUUCAACUGAUACCUAGUUUGACAACUACUGGCCUCAUAGGGAGGGUGGGGCAUUUUCCCACAGGACUGGAGAGGGCAACAUGGGUGGCAGAGGGGGCACAGAGCCCCUCCCCUCCAGCAAACCCACCCCCACCCCCACCCUAUCACUAGGCAAUCUGAGCUAGAGUUCUGACUCUAGAACAGCUAUAAUUGAAGACUCAGUCUUUUGACUCUUUCUUUGAUGUCCAAAUAAAGGGACUAUUAUGAGUGCUUAUGGUAUAUGUACUGUGAAAAUGACUUUGUUUAUUGUCUUUCUGCUGGGCUGCAUAAUGGGCUAUAUUUUGUUAGGUUUUGAAAGAUAUCUGUAAUGUUGCAUAACAGACUGUCCAUAUUAAUAACUUAAUAAAUAAUAUAUCAUACUACA